GGGACGACGAGCUUCUCUCUCGCAAGUUCCUGCUGGUGCCCUACACCGACACCGACAUGUGGAAGUGAAGCAUCAGGAAGGGGUUAUUUUGCCAACGCUUGGCUGGACUCGCCUCUCAUGGGGGACUUCCGGAGUCGCAGAAACAUUCUCCAGAGAAGGUCCCAUUCAUCCCUCCACGUUGCCCUUCGAUCUCUCCAACCCGCGACGCAGAUCCAGGCAGAGAGUCCAGUGUUGGUAGUCUUAGGAGGCAUCAAUCCUGAAGAUCCGAUGAGAGAGGAUUUGGGCUCGGCUGUACUUCGCUACCUUUUUGACGACGACGAAUGGCAACUGUGCUGCUUCAUGCCCCAAGCCAGGAGCUAUCAUACCACGGCACUUGUGCGAAAUCGUAUUUACGUUUUCGGCGGCUUCAACCUCGACGCCCUCGAAUACCAAGGCCCCACGCCGUCGGCGCACUGCUUUUGUCUCGACAUCGAGAGGAUGGUGUGGAAGAAGUGUCCACCCAUGAAACAGGCGAGGGCGUGUCACGUCUGCGUCGUCAUCGGGCCGCGCAUUUACGUGGUCGGAGGCAAGGACAACACUGGCCGGAUAACGGACACAGCCGAAUACUUUGACGUUGGCACCGGCUGCUGGCGAAGCAUUUCCAACCUCCCGCUGCCCCUGAUGGCGUCGGCUGCAGCAUACUUAGAUUGUCGCAUUUGGAUCCUCGGCGGUAUCACGUAUUCGACAGCAGGCGAUCGCUGCAACGUCAUCAGUGACGUCUUCCAGUUCGACCUUCAGGAGGGACGCUGGUUCCGGUCGGUGGGCCUGUGGAUGCCCCUGGCGUACUCACUGGCGCUGACCACAACGGACUCCUCCUCCGGUGAACAGCGUCUGUGGCUGUGGGGAGGCAUGGAUGGCGAUGGCCGUUCGGUGGGCGAGCUUCGCUUGUGGAAGCCAGACCGGCGCGCCUGGAAGAGCUACUUUCGACUACAGCGCCCUCGACACGCAUUCUCUGGCGCCGCCAAAGGCGACUUGCUGUGCAUCGUGGGAGGAACAGAGUCGCGCAGCAGCCCUGCCGCCAGCGACGCCAACACGCAAGUGGACGUGGCCGUGAAAGAGGUGCACUCGGCAUGCCCUCUGCCGUACCCCUUGACCGGCACCAGCGCCCUUGCGAUUCCAGCUCAGGAGAGGCCGCCGUCCUUUCGAACAGCGAAGCAGUCGGACGACGACAGCACGGACGAGAGUGCGUACAAGAUGCGCACCGUGUACCGCCGUUAUCGCCAGCGCGUAAAAGUCAAGGACGAGGAUGAAUCAACAGAUUCACAGUUUCCCGCGGUCGGCGUGUACGAAACGACGAGGAUCUUGGACUCGACGUUUGACAGCUCACGGAUACGACGCCAGGAAAUUUCGAGAGAAAAGUCGCCCACACAUGGUACGAAAGAAGAACGCCUCGCUGUGGAACUUCGGGACGACUCGAGACAGCGGCGAAAGGAGCUCGAGAAAAAGAGGGUAUGCCAUCACGCUGCUUGA